UCUCUCUCUCUCUCUCUCUCUCUCUCUCUCUCUCUCUCUGCAGCUAGAAGAGAAAAAUUACUGAAAUGGUUUGCUUUUGUUUUCUCGUGGAUCAGACUCGUCAGGUGCGGCGGAGCAAACCGGCGGCUGGAUUUUGUUCCCGGUGCGGCGGCGGGGCCAGCGUCGCCGACAUGAAGACCGCCACUAGAUUCUGUUCCGUCCCAUUUUAUUGGAGGUCUUGGAGAGCCAUUAUUUGCACUUUCUGUGGAGCUAUUAUCAGAUCAUAUCGCUGAAGCGCCUCUAAUGUGAUUUAGAUUAUUAUCAAAACUUAGCUUAUAGCUUGUCUAAUGUCCGAUUAACAUUUCUUAGCCAUGAUUUCAAUGGUGUUCAUAUUCCUUUUGAUUUUUCUACUGUUUAGACCCUUACCCACCUGGAUUUUCCCCCCUUAAAACAGGAAAAAUGAUUCAAAAUUAAUUAAAAAUUUGUGUAAUGGAGGAAGAUCUCAAUGAAUGUGGUGCUGAAAAUGGAAGAACAGAAAUUGAUAAUUCAAUGUAUGUUCUAAGUUCUGUCGGAUACAAAAAAUUGAUAUGUAAUAAUGGUAUGGGCGACCAGAAAUUAAUGAAAUUUAAAAAGAUUUCAGCUUU